UUGCAUUCAUUGCAACAAAGUCAAAGUAGAACAAUAGGUUGAUUAAACUGAAAUUUAUCCACAAUUGUUGUUUGAACAUGUUAGUUUGGUCUGCAAAAAGCAGAAAAUUCUGUGUUUUGGAAGGAAAAACUAAAAAUCGAGCUUGCUUUUACGUCCUCUGCUGUCUUCUUCUGAUUUCUCUUAAAGGCUCAGAUGAUUCAGCUUGAGGAAAUAGUCAAGUCCAGCUGUUAGACUAAAAGGAAAAGCAGAAAUCCUCACUGGAAGAAAGGAAAAGAGAGGAUCAUGAUUGACUUGAGCUUCCUGACAGAAGAGGAACAAAACUGCAUCCUGGCCGUCCUGAAACGAGACGCAGAGCUGAAGCAGACCGAGGAACGGCGCAUCGAAACGCUGCAGAAAACUGUGAGUGAUAAAAGUCAGCUGAAGUUCCUGACCGGAGAAUGGUUCUACCAAACCAAGCAGCUUCGCCAUCAGGACCGCAUCCACGGCUCUGACAUCAUCAUGGCCUCCAUGGCUGACAGGCGGCAUCAGCCCCUGACUAUAAUGAAGGCCUCCUAUGUGUUGGCGAAAAGCAGCAGCUUCACAAGCUGUGAAGAUACAGAGGAACUCUUCCCUCCUGAGCCUGAGCUCUGCACUGACGGGUUUCAGAGUCCUUAUGAAGCUGAGAAGAACACUCAAGCUGGUUUAAGAUCUCCUCUGAAGAGGAGAGAAAACCCAUUUGGCGAUCAGCUUGCUUUAAAAAAACAAGAUCCUCAGUUAGUGGAUGCAAGAGAAGAUCAAUGUCUGACACAGAAAGGUGAGACCAGAAUAUCACCUGACAGCUUCAUAUCAAACACUUCUCUGCAUAAGCUAAAGACAGAGGAUAACACAGUCAAAGAGGAUGCAUUUGUUUCAUUUCCAGCUCUUGAAACAACAAAACUGAGUAUGAAUUCUCAGGAUGGGUCACAUGGCAGAUGCACAAGUUCAGCCGAAGUGCACGUCAUCCUCAAGAACCCGUCUGCUUCCAUCUCCACUGUGUCUCCGUGUUCUCACCUGGACGCUCAGAGCCAGGAAGUACACAAGAAACGGGAGACUUUAGGUCACAGCGUCAUGGAGGACUUGCAGAAUAUUCAAGAAAAGAGUACCCAAAAUAUCAAAUCUCUCACUUCUUCUGAGGCAAAAAACACCAGUGCCAUUGAGAUCAGUACAAUCACUGGGACAGGCAGAUCCAGUCCUCAGCCGAGUCAGGAUGACUCACAGGAAGUGGAUAUCCAGAAGCAUGACAUUUGCCAUCAUCACAACUUUGGUGAUGUCUGUGAGCAGUGUUACUUUGAGCCGAUAAUCCCUGCAGCUUCCAGCUGUGUUUCUGCUUUGGAGGAGCCAGAGAAACGUCCCUUCUUUGCUAAAGCCAGGAGCAGUUCAGAUGAACGCUGUGUUCAAUCACCUGAGGACAGCUCAGACGUCACCUCGGCCCCCGAACACAACUCUGAAAGUUCACCUCAGGUUCUUCCCCCAAAGAAAGAAAGCAAAUGUCAAAGAGAUAGUUUGAAGAGGAAGGAGCAGAUGUCCUGUACACCAGCUGAAGAUGAGAUCGAGAAGAAAUCUCAUAAACAAGAAGUACAGUCGACUCAGAUCUCACAAAUCAGGUCACUGCAGCUGGCAGUGCUGCAGAACCGUCCAUUUAAAGAAACAAUGACUUCAUUAGAUGUAGAUAAUCUACAAGAGGGGUCAAAGAACCAAGCUCAGGCAAUAAAGAGAAAACCCAAUCUGAAGACUUCAUGGAUGACAGAAAAAAAGAGCAUUGAUUUAUCCUCUACUGGACAGGAGGUGAAGCACGAAACCAAGAGCAAGAUUGUUCAUUUUUACAGCAUCCAUAAAAACCCCAAUGUGAGAGACAGCUUCUCAUCUCAAACUGGACACCAGAAAGACACAGCAGACAGAACUAAAGAGAAGGAUGUCCCAUCCCAGAUGGAGACUUACAUGAUGCAAGACGACGGGACGUAUAGAGCUAGCCCAGUGUUCAUCUUUGAGGACGAUUCUCUCUUAGCAACUGAGUUAAAGAUAACUGAGCCAGAAGACAGUCCUGUUCCUCCUCUUCUAGUCAACAGCAGUCUGGUUCUUACUAAACCCAGGUCCAUUCCUCAUGAGGGCAUGUCAGAACACCUAAAGGACAAGAAAACCACAUCUCCAGAGGAAGGUUUGAGCAGUUCCUUUGUCAAAGACAACCCAGGUUCCUCUGAAAAUAGAGAAACAUCUGAGGAGUACGUAGAUCAAAUCAAUCCUCAAGAGUGCCUCCUUUCAGACUGCUCACAGAUGAGCAGCUUUAAGGGUGUGGAAGCUCAUGAACAGAAGAUGGACAAUGAGUCUCGAGAAAGAUCCCCAAAUUUCAGUAAAUUGCAGUUCCCGAAAUCGAGAGACAACUUUGACAAAAUCAGAAAGAGUCCAAGUAAAACCUACCACCCCAACGUUUUACCUCAGGAAUCCUCGAGUGCUAAGGAGUCCAGGCUGAGAGAGUCUCCACUGAAGAGCUUUCCGAUAGACAUUGUUCCCAAAGGGAAGGUCGCACAAGAGUCCAGACAGAAGGAAAGUUUCUCUCCUGUGAGAAAGCAGAGGGAGCAAACCAACACCACCGUUAGUGCGGCUUUAAGUCCCUCCAGGUCAAAGAAAAUGAAGAUCAGCUAUUCUCUUCCUCUUCAGCUGGAUCAGAGAUCCAAUGACAACACUUUUGAGACCAGCUUUGGACACAGAAGGAACACAAACAGCUCCAUCUCUGACAUGAGCUUCCCCUCAGAAAUGGACUCCAUGUCUCCUAUGAGCAGCAGCCUGAACAGCAUCUGCUCUGCAGACGUCAGAGACACUGAAGUUCAGGGAAGCAUCCAGUUUGCAUUGACCUACAUCCAGAAGCUCGGAGAGCUUCAGAUCUUUGUGGUGCUCUGCAGGGGUCUGGCUGUGGGCGACACCAAGAAGAACCGUACCGACCCGUAUGUGAAAUGCAACCUUCUCCCUGACAAAACAAAGCUGGGCAAGAAAAAAACCCCAGUGAAGAAGAAAACAACAAAUCCAACCUACAAUGAAGUCCUUGGGUUUAAAAUCCCAAUGGAGGUGUUAAAGACUCAGCAUCUGAACGUCACAGUGAGUCACAAAGACUCUUUUGGGCGGAGCGCCUUCCUCGGUGAGGUGGACCUGGAUUUGUCUGUGUGGGACUUCAGCAACACUCAGAUAAACGAAUAUCCACUCAAGGCGAAGGCUCCAGUGCAGGUUUUAGCGCUGUCGAUGAACAGCAGAGGAGAAAUGAGAGUUGCCCUAAGAUUCCUGCAGCAGCCAACACAGAGCGCUGGAGCGUCAAGAAUAGAGAUGGGUGAGGUCCAGAUCUGGGUGAAAGACUGCAAGAAUCUUCUUCCACUGAGAGGAUCUGUGAUCAACCCAUUUGUGAAGUGCACCGUGCUUCCUGACAUGAGCAGUAAAAGUCGACAGAAGACCCGCGUGGUGAAGAAGACGGCCAGCCCACUGUUCAACCACACCAUGGUGUACGACGGCUUCAGACCGGAGGACCUCAGAGAGAUCUGUGUGGAGAUCACCGUGUGGGAUCAAGACCAGCUGAAGAACUACUACAUCGGCGGGCUCAGGCUGGGGCUGGGGACAGGCAGAAGCUAUGAAGUGGACGUGGUUUGGAUGGACUCGACCGCACACGAAGUCAAUUUAUGGAACCGGAUGUUGAAAUCUGGAGGGGAAUGGGUGGAGGAGGUUCUGCCUCUGAGGUUCCUGGCAGGAGCCGCAAACAGCAUGUCGAAGUGAUGCAUGCUGGGAUUAUUUACUGACGUAACUCAAUAAAAACUGAAUCGAAUUUGUAAAAAUUGAAGAUUUUUUUUAUUCUGACAUAUUAUUUCACAAACAUGUAUUUUAAAAAAUUACUAUAACAGUGUAAAAGGAAAUUCUAUUAUUCUAUAAAACAAUUUUCCUUAAUUUUUAUCAUGUGGUGGAGCCAAUAUUUAAUUAAAGAAAUAGAAGUUGGUGUUGCUAAGGACUGAAUCUUGGAGAUGAUGCAUAUAUGAUGUUUGUAUUUUAUAUUUCAUUGAGUGGAGUUCUGUUCAUAAACUGUGGGUCUAUCAGAAAGUCAUGUCUGGUCAGCAGUCAGAGUAUUUUAUACCAGGAUUUCUCCACCCAAAAUUCAAAGAUUUCUUUGUCACCACUGAGACAUGUACGCACUGAAAUGCCGCUCAUCUCAUUUAUUCUUCCUAAUUAUUAUGUUUUCAUGAUGGAUUUCAUUAAUAUAGAAAAGGAUUGACAACAUAGAUUACCUAAAAUUAACAUCGACAUUUUCAAUUUAUAAAAUAUUUUUGCUUCGAGAUUGUAAACUUCAAUCAUUUAAAUCUCAAUUUUUGAACGGAUGAGCAGCAACAUUUGCUUUUUCUUUUCCCUUUUUUAAGUGAGCUAACAAAAACCUGAAUACUUAAUAAAUUAACAAAAAUAUCAGGUUUACUGUUGCUAAUGCUUUUUUUUUUUUGCAAGAAGCUGACAUUGUAAAUCAGGCCAAAACAGGAUUAUUUCUCAUCUUUAUCAAAUAAGCUUUUUUUUUUUGUUGUACGUCUGUGUCAAAUUUGGUGACUUUACAUUUUAUGGUUUUAAAAUUCCUCAGCAGAAACUGUAAGUGCAUUCAGUUUAUUUGGUUUGGAGAAAAAAAAUGGAAUUAAAGACAAAUUUAUGUGAAUAAACUUUUAAUUUUUUGCAUAAUAACUGUAAAGGAUGACUUGUGUACUAACAUAAUUAACCCCAAAUAAAGAGUCUUUCAAUA